AUUUCCGGCAGAACUUUUAAAGGCAGUCCUAGAGGACUUGGAGCCGAAUCCCUUCAGAGAGCCUUGCUUGGCUCGGCUACGGUGUGCGCUGGGCCAGGAUGCGGAGCGGGUUUCUGAGCGGUGCCCGACGCCUGUGGGCCUUCCGCGGCCUCAGCCGCACUACGCCGCCGCCCGAGGAGCUCUUUGCCCGCGAAGGGCCCCUACGGGCCUUCCUGGAGCGCCGUGCAGGCUCGGAGACCGGGGGUCUGGACGCCGGGGGACCUCAGCUGGCAGCGGCAGCCCGGCUGCUCAGCGAGAAGGAGCGGGAGUUGCGGGACACCGAAUCCUUGCUGCAGGAUGAGAAUGAAGAUUUAAAGAAACUUGCAGAGAGUGAAAUAGCUUUGUGUCAAAAAGAAAUAACUCAGCUGAAGCAUCAGAUCAUCUCCCUUUUGGUUCCUUCAGAAGAAACAGACGAGAGUGACUUGAUCCUGGAGGUGACUGCGGGUGUGGGUGGUCAGGAAGCCAUGCUUUUCACUUCCGAGAUGUUUGACAUGUACCAGCAGUACGCUGCCUUUAAAAGAUGGCAUUUUGAAACGUUGGACUAUUUCCCAAGUGAACUAGGUGGCCUUAGGCAUGCGACAGCCAGCAUUGGAGGUCCAGAAGCCUAUAAACACAUGAAAUUUGAAGGAGGGGUGCACAGAGUACAAAGAGUGCCAAAGACGGAGAAGCAAGGCCGCAUCCACACCAGCACCAUGACAGUGGCAAUUUUGCCCCAGCCUGCUGAGAUUAAACUGGUGAUUAAUCCUAAAGAUUUGAGAAUUGAUACUAAGAGAGCAAGUGGAGCUGGAGGUCAGCAUGUAAAUACUACAGACAGUGCUGUUCGAAUAGUUCAUCUUCCUACAGGCAUUGUUUCUGAAUGCCAGCAAGAGAGAUCUCAACUGAAGAACAGGGAGCUGGCUAUGAAGAAGUUACGGGCAAGGCUCUACAGCAUGCAUCUAGAGGAAGAAACUACCAAAAGAUACAACGCUAGAAAGAUCCAGGUAAAAAUGGAUUUAAGAAACCCAAAGAUAAAAUAUGUAUGGGUAGUGUAGUUUUUAUGUUACUACUGUUCUUGUUUUCAUUAUAAGGGCAGUACCCAUGUACAGUCUCAUCCUGUUUUCUAUAGUCAAGCGUAUUUUUCUCAGAUCUGUCAAAGUGUACCAAGUCCUACUCAGCUUUUAAUCCUUUGAACCUAUGGAAGCAAGAAUAAUGGGAGUAUGAACCUACUGCUUUGUAUUUCAUUUUAUGCCAUAUACAACCUUUCCAUGACUUCUUUAGUAUGACCACACAUCCAUCAUCUUUUCACCACUCCAGGAUGACACAAACUCCCAGAGAUUACAUAUAAAUGUACACAUAAAUAUGCUGCUUCUACCGUUUAAAUAUCAGCCACAUGCCAGACUCCAUCGUUAUGUAAUCAGUAUUUUGCUGGUGGGAAAUUAAAGUUUCGGCGAAGCCAUAGAGCAUUGAAGGAGCAGAGGCAGGACUUAGAUACGGUGUCUGAUUUUAAAGUCUACCUUCUUUUCUCUGUACCAUUCCACCAUGUCAUCUAGGGAGUCAGGGACUUACACUUGGUUCUUGGAAUGCUGUAGGCCUCCUGGAUCCUAAUGCAUCUCAUGUCUCC